UAAACAGAGCCAGAGCUCCUGCAUUAUUGUGCUUCAACGCCGCAACGCUCCAAUCCAAGUCUAAUCCAGGAAAAAGCAGCUAGCGUUUCUGAUUUAUUUCGCAGUAUGGAACAGCUGAACAGAGAUACGAGAAGCCAUCUGGAAGCUACCACAUAUACUGUAAUUUAUUCCCUAAUGACAGUUUUGUCACUUGCGGGAAACUCACUCGUUUGUCUCUCAUUCUACCGGAACAGAAGAUUACGUACAAUCUCUAAUUUCUACGUGCUUUCUCUGGCAAUAGCCGAUAUAAUCGCGUCUACCUUUUUCUUCCCUUUUUCCACAGUGGCGACGGGCUUACGACGAUGGCCAUUCGGUUACAUCUUUUGUCAGUUCAAUGGUUUUCUUGUGCCGUAUUGGAGUCAGGUGUCCACUUGCAGUCUUGCCAUGGCAUCAGUCAAUCGAUACUUCUGUGUUUUGAAGCCGAGUAAAUACCGCCUGUUCUUCACCAGAAAGAAAGCGGCUCUGUCGAUUGUGGUAAUGUGGGUUUUGCUACUUGUUCAGGCGCUGGCCUUUUUCGCGCUGCCCGUUAUAUACCGCUGGUAUCCCGUCAGCUCAUACUGUCGUGGAACGUUCUUGGAUAAGAUUACGGAAAACAUUUAUUAUGUCUUCUAUGGAUGUUUCUACGUCAUUGCCAUGUCACUAGUAGUAUUUUGUUACAGCAAAGUUUAUCGUGCUAUCAGACAACAUAACAAUGCCGUCAUACCUUCUUUACAAGACGCAAACCGCGUUGGAUCAAGAAGUGCUCAAGAGAUCAAGGCCUCUCGCGUACUAUUUGCUGCUGUCGUUGGGUUUUUCGUUUGCUGGACUCCAGCAAUUGUAACAUUUUUGUUUGAGUUUGGCUUUCUGAUUACUGUUCCUCCCAUUGUACACUCGCUUUAUCCGACCUUGUGUUCUUUCUCUUCUUUGAUUAAUCCUGUUAUUUAUGGCGUCAUGAACAGAGCCAUGCGGAAGGAGUUUGAAAACAUCUUGUUCUGUCGAAAAGAUGGCUAGCCCUCCGACCCACUAUGCGUUAUUUUCAGCAAAAUUGCACACUUUCAAACAGCAAGAAGUGAGUUUAAAAUACACCUAUUUUCAAAGAAAUUCGAGAUGCUUGGAUAUGUGAUGAAACACAGACUCGAGUGUAGACAACCAGCCAUGCGUCGAGUUUCAGGAAGCUACUGAAAACUAUGUAAACAACAGAGUGUUUUUGUAACAAUUCUGUUUGAGUUUGGCUUUCAGAUUGCUGUUCCUUCCAUUGCACACUCGCUGUUCUGCCGGAAAGAUGGCUAA